GGAUAAUCCCCCACUCACCUCUGCACUACCCUAUACUUUAUAUCCUUUUCAUACGCAACCUUCUCUUCCUCUCUCCUUCCUUUGCAGCUGCUUUUCAUAACUCCUGCACAAAUCACCCUCUCAACAAGCAUUUUGGUUGGAUCCCAAUCUUUCUUCCAUCCUUCAAUCUCAUGUUUCUUACACUCUUUAUGGCGGAAUCCCAGGUCCCGAUCUCUCCCUCUCUCCGCCGUUGCAGAAGAAUUAAAAGAGAGGAAUCGUUUGGGAAGAGGAAGACGAUGGAGAGGCAUCGGUUGUCAUUCUGUUUUGGCCGCGAUGGGCUACGCGACGAUGAGAAAGGGGAGAUCGGUCGGAGGGAUUCGGCCGAUCAGCGGGGAUGAUAGAGAAGACCGAUACAUCACAGAGGGGCCAGAGAGAAGAGACAGGUGUUUGGUGGCGAGGACCGGACCAUUUCUUCAUGGAAUGGAAAAGCGAUAAGGAAGAGAUCGUCGCCGUCCGGAUACAGAAGAGGCGGAGGCGAGAGCUGGGGGGAAAUCCAGAAGAGGCCUCAACCUUGACUUACUUUCAAGCUAAAAUGAAGGAAGGGAGCUGAAGAAGAUGCUUGAGUACUGAAGGGUUGACACCCUGUAAUUUAAUUAAAGGAGGAUGCUAUUUGUAUUAUUAAUUAUGGUGCAGUAUAUUGAUUAAUAUUCUUUGGUAUGGGAGUAGGAGACAAAAUCUUCUCACUUAAACUAUUAGAGCAUAAUCCUGACUCUGAAGUGGUCCCAAGGACUUUCAGAACAGGCUAUGAGGUUUUAUUUAAGUUGUGCUGGUGUGGGACGAGGGAGAAGGGGAGAAAGGUGCAAUGCUAAAUGGGGAG